AUGGGGCUCCGCCUGCCUCUCAGCGCCCUGCUGCUGCUGCUGGCCACCCUGCUGUCGGCCGCGCGCACCCAGCACGACACCGACCAGUCGCAGCCGCCGCCCGAGAAACGCCAGCGCGAGCGCAACCAGUUCGUGCCGUACAACUCGUAUGCGCCGCGCGAGCCCAGCUGCGAGCAGCUGAGAGCCAUGUGGAAGCUCUCCAAGCGACAGCACCGGAACGCAGUGCGCACAAACGCCGUGCCCCGCUACCAGGAGCCGUACCUGCUGGGCCGCGUGCACGACACGCUGCGCCACAACCCGCUGUACGGCGCGCCGCGCCACCGGCCGCAGCCCACCUUCGGCACCGUGGUCAACGGGCCGGGCGAGCACCAGCGUCAGUUCGCCACGCCGGCGCUCACUGAGCUGGUGCAGAGCCGGCCGGCCGGCCGUCCGGCCGACCACAACCUGCGUGACCUGGUCCGCAUGCUGGAGCGGCCCGAGCUGCCGGCGGCGCCGCCCGAGCCGCAGAGUCUGAGCGGCGCCCGGUACGGCCGCGUGCGGCUCUACCCCCGGCCGCGCUCUGACGCCUCGGCGGCCUGUGGGGGUGAUGACGGUGACGACAGCAACGCGCUGGUGACGGCACUGCCGGCGCUGACGGAGGGCGCGAGUCAGCCCGGCGAGACGUUCGUCUUCCGGCACCACGACAACACCGAACUGCUGGAGAUCCUGGAGGACGUGCACUCGCGAUGUCCGGACAUCUAUGUGUACGAGCUGUCGGAGACGUCAGUUCGAGGCGUGCCGCUGGCGGUCAUCGUCCUUGGAAAACAGCCGUCCAAGCAUACACCCCUGGUUCCGGAGUUUCGGUACAUCGCCAACAUGCACGGUAACGAGGUGCUGGGCCGUGAGCUGCUGCUCAAACUAGCCGACUAUCUCUGCGAGGAAUAUCGCAAGGAUAACCCCGAGGUCAUUCGUCUACUAGCCAGAACUCGUAUCCAUCUGAUGCCGACCAUGAACCCAGACGGAUGGGACAUCGCAACCAGAUCGGAGCACCGCGGCUAUGUGACCGGUCGGGCCAACGCCAACCGUGUGGAUCUGAACCGAGACUUCCCGGACCUGGACCGGCUGGCGUACCGUCUACAGGAGCAUCAGAUCGGAGCCAACAAUCACCUGGAUCUCGUGACGGGACUCGAUCAUCUGCCCCAGCCGGAGACGAUGGCCCUGAUGCGGUACAUCGUGGACCAGCCGUUCGUCCUAUCCGCCAACAUGCACGGCGGGGAUUUGGUGGCUAACUAUCCGUACGACGAGUCCAGGACAGGAUCGCCCACCGACUACUCCAAAUCGCCCGACGAUAACACCUUCAGGCAUCUGGCACUGGCGUACGCCCAGUCGCACGCGCGUAUGGGAGAUCCCAAGACGCGAGCCUGCGUCGGCUCCCACAACUUCUCCAGCACUGGGGGCAUCACCAACGGAGCCGCCUGGUACACCGUGGCAGGAGGCAUGCAGGACUUCAACUACCUGGCGUCGAACGACUUUGAGAUCACGCUGGAGCUGGGCUGCGACAAAUACCCCCCGAAGAGUGUGCUCGAACAGGAGUGGAAGGAUAACCUGCCCGCCCUCAUCAACUUCAUCUGGCAGGUUCACACCGGAGUAAAGGGUCUGGUGACAGACUCCAAAAACCGACCCAUUGGCGGCGCCAUUGUGCACGUCAAGAACAUCACUCAAAUCAACGAUACCAUGAGCCGAAACCACGACAUCAACCAUGACGUCACCACAUUCCGUGACGGCGACUACUACCGGCUGCUGACGCCCGGAGAGUAUGAGGUCACGGUCUCGGCACCCGGCUACCUCUCCCAGAAACAGCGGGUCAACGUGGUGAACGCGCCGCAGUCCGAGGCGGCCGUGGCGCACUUCAAACUGGAGGACGACACUAGCGCCACCGCCGGCGUCGACGGCAGCCAGGCGAACUUUGAGGGCGGAUUCGAACUGGAGCGCCCCAGUGUGCCGGAGCAGGUCGAUGAAAACGGCCUGAGGGCAGGUCGUCUGGAGGCUGUGCGUCGCAGCUGGAUCAACUCACUCUACGGCACCGGGCGCAGCUACUGAAAACGGUAGACGCCGACCGAGACGACAGAAAAUGGUAGGAGAGGCGGUGUGGUAGCCAGCGAGGCGGAGAAGUUGGUCUUCUGAAAGCGGUAGAAUUGCCCGCGCAGUGGGAUGGUGAUCUUCUGGUGAUCUUCUGGUAUCGGUAGGGUAGAAUUUAAUCCUAUCGUGUGACUGCUGCUAUUCUAUUCGGGUCUACUGAUCUCAGAAGAUUAUACCGCUGCCAGCGGUUCCUGUGAUCGCACGCAUAGUCAAGGUGAUUUAUCCACUUCUUCUCGGCUCGCCGGAAGAACGAAGACAUGCCGAUGAACGAGAACUAGCAAAGAUGAUAAAUUUGAAUGUGAUACGCAGUAUAUAGCUGCGUGCCGAUUCGUAUGGCAUAUAUCUAGGUCCUGUUUCCAGUAUUGUACGUAAAGUUAAACAAACAAGCGGGCGAGAGGACCAUCAGAUUAGAGACAGUGGAAACACUAAGCACAAGCUUUACUAUAAGCGAAAUGCUAGUCGGACAUGUAGUUAUUUGCUUAUACAGUUUGGUACAGAGACUCCAUUUCAAUGCGUAGAAAAGAACGGCACUCAUUGACGUAACUCGUUACAGCUUAUCGGUUGUAGACAUAAAGAAAUUAGUUCAAUAUAAAUAUUACAUGUUCCUAUAUUUAUGAGUGCGGUUCUUUUCAAUGCAUUGACGUUUCUCUCCUAAAUCUGACAAGAUCGCACGCCAUUGAUUUGGUUUAAAGUAGAUGGCGUUGUACCAUAUAUUGAUGUUUGCUGUAACAUGUUAGAUAUUUUAUUGGUAGAAUAUUUGAAGGAAAUGAUAAAUCAAUAUUUAUGUAUUUGUUCCGCCGCGAAUAUUACUCCAUGGGCGAAUAAAAUAUAUUUUUGGCCCUAAAUGUUGCAAGCAUAAUGUAUGUUGUGUUGGGUUUCGACGCUAAAACAUCUUUAAGCAUAUCCAGCGUCCUUCUUGAAAAAGCAAAAUAUAAGUAUAAAAUCUCG